CAGGCUGCUAUUCCAUGGCUCCGCCUACAAGCAAUCACUGCAACAAGUGCACCGAUGAUGCUAGCGCUUCUCAAGUCGCCUUGGUCUUGGUCUGAAAGAAUUGAGCAUUAGAGUGCUACUCAUGAGCCUCAACGGAUUUCUGCUAUCUUUGUGAAAAUUGGCAAUAUUUUAUUCAUCAAAUUGCAUUGUCAAAUCGGAUGGUAUUAUUUAUUGGAAUCGUUCAAUAUACGAGUUUUCAGUUAAGUACUGGAAGGGACGAACUUUUGAGUCAGAUUGCUAGUGCUUGCGUUAGCCAACGUUACUUUGCAAAGAGCAAGUUAGCCGUUUAUCUAAAAAACAAUAUGUUGCAAGAGUUUGUACAGCAGCAGCUAGCUAGCCACCCACUUCCGACAUGUUUCCCCAUGUAACUAUAUAUUGUAAAACUCGACGGACCUUUGGACCUCCAAGUAGCUCAGCCUUUUCGGUCAAGUUGCCGAUGGCUAACCUACUAAAACAGCUGCUCGGUUGUUGAUGUAAAAUACCUCGGUACUACUGCGGUAUCACCGGACAACCUCGUCGACUAUGAGGAGGGCAGGACAGAAGGAUGGAGCCUUGUCCAACACUGAGGAUUCCCUCUCCUGCCUUCCCUCCUCCAUAGAUGACCCACACUUCCAGCUCCCAGGCCUGGUCCGUCCCCUCAGUGACAUCUACCCUCUCCAAGGACACGUGGAGCAGACCCCGCCCCCGUCCCGACCGCCUGCGUGUGGGGCUGAUGUGCAGCCGCUGAACCCUGACCCACACAGGAUCAACGGGCUGAACAGUACCGCCUGGCCCGGCCCUGUCACAGGCCACCCUGAAGCCAAGCCCUACAGCUCCAGGAUCAUGAAGCUCUUCUCCAGCCAGAGGAAAAGCACCCUCUCUGGGCAGAGCCGGGCUCCUGAGACGCCCUCCUCCCUUCAGGGCACCCACGGCAGCAGUGGGACCCAGGCCUGGCCGGGCCUGCUUGCCCCGGGGGUCUUGGGCUCCUUCAAGAAGCUCCGCUCCUCAGUUCUCCAGGGCAUUCAGAGCCGAGGGACAGCCAAUCAGGAUGGACAGUCUGCCCCGGAAGCCCAUCAAGACAGGGUCAAUGGCGUCGUUUCGACCAAUCGUUACCCAGGGCAGAAGAAUGGCGCCAAUCAACUAGCUUCGCAGUUUGUUGCGAUAAGUCCCUAUGGCUCAGAGAAUGAGGAGGAGGAGGAGGAGGAGGAAGGAGGGUUGCAGAGGAACACUCGUUUCUCCCAGAGUAUCCGACGAGCGUACGGAGCAGGACGCAUCCUGCUGCUCGACACGGGACAGGGGAAACAGCUGGGGAGUUUGGACCGGGGCGUCACGACCAAUCAGAAGCCGACCCUGGGGUCGGGAUCAGAGGCCAACCUCCACUCAGAGGAGGGCGGGGGCGGAAACGCAAACAGGAACAUUCUGAGCAGACUGAGCAGGAGCGCUGACAACCUGCACCUCUUCAAGAGCCAGCUGAGACGCAAGGCCACCUCCCCCUCCUCUCCCUCGCCCCCCUCCUCUCCCUCGCCCCCCUCCCCUACCUCGCCCACCUCCCCUACCUCGCCCGCCCCUCCCUCGCCCCGGCCAGGCUCCCCAGGGCCCCCCGGGGCCGACUGUCCCCCAGGCGAUGAGGGGCCAGCCGGCUCCCCUUCUGUGGCGCAGAGGGGCCGCAGCCCCGGCCGCUGGAGGAGUCCCCUGAGGGCCAAGGGCCACAUGCUGAAACUGGUGGGCAGCAUGACAGACCUCACCGUCCGCCGCAGAACCAGCCCCUCCCCCAGCCCCUCCCCCACCUCCCCCUUGUCGCCGCUCAGCCGUCUCCACGACGACUACUCCCGCCGCACCCCGUGCCUUCCCGCCGGCGACCGCCUGCGCCGGCCGUCUCCUGGCAGGACCCGACCGGACAAACGGCCGCUGUCCACCGUCAGCCUCGACCACGCGCCCAGCGUACACCCUCCCCCUCCAGAAGACGCUACGUCGCUGCCACACCCCCAGCCCCAGGACGACACCACCUUCCUGCACCAGGUCCUCAUUAGCCCAGUCCCCACGGAGGCUGUGAGAGGAUCAGACCUCACCUCGGGCUUCCCUACUCUGGAUCAACCCAUAGUGACCCCCUCUCCCCCGAGCGCCCAGGCCCAGGGAGCCUCCCUGGCGGAGGCGAGCGCCCCUCAGGAGGGCCUGGGAGACGGGCGGGGAGCGGGGCGCCAUGCCCCUCCAGCCCUCUGGGGGCGGCCCUGCGGCGACCAGGAGGAGAGCAUGUCACAAGCUGAUGAGUGUAUAUGGACCAGGUCAGACCCAGAUGAACCGAAUACUACGCGAGCCCUCCAGCAGAGGGAAGCCCCCCUUCAGGACGAGUCCAAUCCUCCUGCUAAUGGCUUCCCAGAAUCCCCCACAUCAUCUGAGGCAGCUGGCGCCACGGAAACGCCCGCAGCCACGGAAACGCCCGCAGCCACGGAAACGCCCGCAGCCACGGAAACGCCGUCUUCUUCGUCUGUCAAUCCAAAACGGAGGGCGGGGCGAACAAGGCCUCGGCCAAUCUCCGACUACGGCCAGCUGGUGUCCAGGAAGUACUCUAUUCCUGAGGAGGAGGCGGAACUGCAUCUUGAGGAGAGGACUACAAAUGGAACAGCCAGACAGGACUACAAAAGCAAUGGCGGAGCCAUGCAGAUGGAGGACCCGGAGGGAUUUAACAUGAACGGGGAUGUCCAGAGAGGGAGGAGACGGCCGAUGUCUGUGAUUGGAGGAGUUGACAUGUUUGGUCCGCCUGGUGCCGAGGAGAGAGAGGACAGACUCCCCUCGCCCCUGUCCCGGCCCCCAGUCCCCUCCCACCAGGUUCCCCCCUACAGGGCCGUGUCUGCCAGGUUCCGCCCCUCCACCUUCUCCCAGAGCACCCCAAUCGGACUGGACCGCCUGGGAAGACGCAAGCUGCACAGAGUCCUGAGCGAGGGAGGCCAUGAGGCCGUGCUGGACGACAGCGUGAGCGAAGAAGACGGGAGCUUCGACGAGCUCACAGACGUUUCUCCCUAUCUUCAGUCUGGGGUGGAACUGUCCGCUCUAAAUGAGUGGAUUGGCUUGGGCAUUGCUGUGUAUGCGGAGGCGCUGUGGGACCAUGUGACCAUGGAGGAGCAGGAACUGGCCUUCAAGGCUGGGGAUGUGAUCCGCGUGCUGGAUGUGUCCCACAAGGACUGGUGGUGGGGUAUGGGAGGAGACUGCGAAGCCUGGUUCCCCUCCAGCUUUGUCAGGGUGCGUGUAAACCAGGAGGAGGACUCUGGGGGAGAGUGUGUGGAGAACACUGUGGACCUGGACCCUGUCCCCAGAGACACACACAGCACCCAGCACAGGGAGCAGAUGAGGACCAACGUCAUCAAAGAGAUUAUGAACACAGAGCGCAUCUACAUCAAACACCUCAGAGACAUAUGCGAGGGUUACAUUCGCCAGUGUCGGAAACGUCCGAACAUGUUCACCGAGCCGCAGCUGAAGACCAUCUUCAGCAACAUCGAGGAUAUUUACAAGUUCCAGAGGCAGUUCCUCAAAGACCUGGAGAAGAAAUACAACAAGGAGGAGCCUCAUCUGAGCGAGAUAGGAGCCUGUUUUCUCCUCCAGGGAGAAGGCUUCUCGAUCUACUCCGAGUACUGUAACACCCACCCGGCUGCGUCCGGCGAGCUGCACCGCCUCAUGAAGCUGGGCCGCUACAAGCACUUCUUCGAGGCGUGCCGUCUCCUCCAGCAGAUGAUUGACAUUUCCAUCGCUGGCUUCCUUCUCACGCCUGUCCAGAAGAUCUGCAAGUACCCCCUGCAGCUCGGGGAGCUGCUCAAAUACACCCCCAAAGACCACAGCGACCACAGCGGAGUGAGCGACGCGUACGAGGCGAUGAAGAACGUAGCGAGCCUCAUCAACGAGAGCAAGAGGAGGCUGGAGAGCGUGGAGGCCAUAGCUCACUGGCAGGUGGACAUCCUUCACUGGGAGGGAGCUGACAUCCUGGAGCGCAGCUCGGAGCUGAUCCACUCCGGGGAGCUGACCCGCGUGGUGCGGCAGGGCAAGACUCAGCAACGCAGCUUCUUCCUGUUUGACCACCAGCUGGUGUUCUGCAAGAAGGACGUGCUGAGGCGCGACCUGCUGCACUACCGCGGCCGGCUGGACAUGGACCAGACGGAGGUGGUGGAGCUGCCCGACGGCAGAGACCCGGAUCUGGGCCUGAACCUGCGGAACGCCCUGCGCCUCCGCCACGCCGCCACCCUGGAGAGCCUGGGCAUGCUGUGCUGCAGGAAGACCCAGGACAAGCAGAUGUGGCUGCAGGCCUUUGCCAGGGAGAGACACAGGGUCAAGGAGGACCAGGAGAUGGGUAUGAAGAUUAGCGAAGCGCAGAGGAAACAGGCGAUCUUCAAUGCGAGAAAAUCCAAAAAGGGGAAAAUGAAGACAAUUGGCUACUCUGGUUCCAUCCCGCCCCACCAACAAUCCCUGCACCCGAUCCAUCAACGACAUGUUACCGUGCCAACCAGUGUGCCUCAACAACAGGUGUUCACAUUGGCUGAACCCAAGCGGAAGCCAUCUCACCUGUGGUACACCUUCACCCGCAACGCCUUUUUCAAGAAAUAAAGACCCUGCAAAACUUUCUUCCUGAUUCUGACUGAGAUCCAACCACAUCCAUCACAUCCAUCUGUUAAACAGAGAGGGGGAGUGUACCAUACACGCUCUGAAGAUGGACGAAAGUUAAUGUUAUUGUUUCACGUGACAUGAAGAAUUUCAAAGGGGGAGAACUUUUUUUUAUCUUGAAAGUUAGAACAGUUUGACAAAGUUGAUGAGCAGCGCUUGAUGAGGAACCUGCUCAAAAGAACAGUGUUUUGAUCUCGUGGCUCCUAGAAAUCUCACUCAGCCAACAGGUCAACUGGAAACGUACCGCCUACAGCUCCCUGGGCCUCUCCAACGAGACCGUGAAUGUUCUGACCACACCUGCAAUCGUCCCAGAUCCAUAUAUAUUUCAGCAAUGUGAACGUUUUGUUUUUAAGUGCUGUGUCUCUGUGUGCCUUUACAUGUGCUUGUCAUCUCUUUGUGUCUGUCAGUGUGUUGUGCCUGUUAUUUGGGAGUGACACACCCAAAAGUGUUAAAAUUCAGACCAUUUAGCUGGUUUGAUGAAGAUGCUGCUUAGUCUCCAGAUUCUUUCCUCCAUGUAUUUCCAGCAGAUGCCAUUUUUAUUUAUUUUUUUCUUGAUAACGCCAACGGUAUACAUUCAUCUUUUUAAUUUUGACUCCUUAUGACCAUGGUUUUAGUCAUUUCUCUAAGGCUGGCCCCUUUUUGAGUUUGAGCAUGUUGUGACGGUUUGAAUGUCAGUGCUAAGCACAGUCACAGGACAGUCUGCUCUUUGUGCUCUCUCACACACUAACCCUGUUAACACUGUAAAUAAACUGUUGUACAAAAGUACCAAA